GCCUACUUUUCCCUUCUCCAAAGCCUCUUUCUAUAUCUAGCAAGUCUUUCAACAAACUCUAAGGCUUACAUUGGUGUCUCUAUCACCAUUGUGCCGCACGUUGGUUGAGUGUUAAAAAUAACCACGUGACAGUUGGUAUCAGAGCCAAGUUUAAGCAGAGUACGUUUGUUUCUUGCUAGUAUAAUGUCGGCCGAAGAAGGACACACUUCACCCGUUGAACAGGUCAUCGAAGGUCCUGUUACUAGGGGAAGGAAGGAGCAACAUUCUCCUACUCGACGCUCAAAAUCAAAGGGUCCUGCUGUAAGGGAGCACGUCGACACUCGCCUUACCAGCCUUGAGCAAGGUAUGGAGGAUGUUCAGCUCGCGGUUGGUAGGCUGAGUGAAAAUUUUGAGGAAUUGGUGCAAGAGAAUGCCGAAAUAACCUCGGUUGCUAAAGAGAUGAUUGAGGACAUGGGACGGACAUUCCAGGAGGAGUUGAAAGAGCUUGCAUCCACGGUGACAACCUUAAAGGCAUUCGUGGAAGGUGAGUUACACAAUCUCCACACUAAAUCUAUCUCUUUUGAAACGAGAUUAGAUGCCCUUUGCGUAGAAUGUCGUUCCAAACAUCUUGGUAGCAAUGCUCCCUCAACGAGCACACACCCCACUACGUCAGGCACUUCUAACAUCAAAGUGCCCAAACCCGACGUUUAUAAUGGCGUAAGAAAUGCCACCGUCGUGGAUAAUUUCUUAUUCGGCCUCGAAAGAUACUUCGUCGCGUUAGGGGUUCGUGAUGACGAGGCAAGGAUAAACCAUGCCCCAACCUUCCUACGGGAUGCUGCACAAUUGUGGUGGCGUCGUAAGUACGCCGACCAAAGUGGAAAUGCCAUCCACUCAUGGGAGCAGUUCAAGGCUGAACUGCGGAAACACUUUGUCCCUCAUAAUGCCGAGAUAGAAUCUCGAGGUAAACUCCGUCGCCUCCGACACACCGGUAGUAUUCUUGAAUAUGUAAAAGAAUUCACUACCUUAAUGCUCGAGAUAGGCGAUCUACCCGAAAAGGAAGCCUUAUUUCAGUUCAAAGAUGGCUUGAAAGAUUGGGCAAAGAUCGAGCUGGACCGUCGUAAUGUCCAGACCCUUGACGACGCUAUAGCUGCAGCAGAGACGCUUGUCGACUAUUCUGCCCAAUCGAAGGGGAAGAAGCCUGGUCCAGAGAAAUAUGGAGGAAAACCGGACAAGACCAAGAAUUUUGGUCGCAAGGACGGGGGAAAAGUGAAGACGUUCCAGUGGAAGAAUGGCAAGAAUGAUGGUGCACAUCGAGGUGAGUCCUCUAACCCUCCUAAACCUUGCUUUAUCUGUAAAGGACCGCAUUGGACUAGAGAUUGUCCAAAUCGAAAGGCAUUAAAUGCCCUUGUUGCAAAGUUCCAAGAGAUAAAGCAAGUGGAAGAUGCACCAGGACCCCAAAUUGGGUCAAUGCAGCAAAUAGGGGUAAUGAAGAAGGAGACUACGGUCGAACAUAAAGGUCUCCUAUAUGGCAGCAUUCUAAUUGAAGGAAAAGAGGCCAUAGCCAUGUUUGAUACAGGAGCAUCCCACAAUUUUAUGGAUGUUCAGGAAGCUAAGAGGUUAGGCCUCAAGUUCAAAGAAGAAACCGGAACCGUCAAAGUAGUAAAUGCCAAAGAACAGACCAUUCAUGGUGUAGCCAAAGGAGUACUCGUGAAGAUCGGUGAUUGGCAGAAGAGACUAGACUUCUCCGUUCUGCCCAUGGACGACUUCAACAUUGUACUUGGCUUGGGUUUCUUCGAUAAGGUUGUAACCCUCCUAGACUCCAACAGAGGCACGCUAUCCAUCAUUGAUGGGCUAAUGACAACAAUUCCCAUAAGGCGAGGGAAGCCGGUAAAGAUGUUGUCAGCAUUACAAUUCAAAAGAGGAGUCACGAAGAACCAAUGCUACGUAGCAACCAUGAAGACCCUAGAAGGCGAGGAAGCGAAAACUGACGAGCCUCCGGUACCAGACAAUAUACAGAAGGUCCUUGAUGAGUACAAGGACAUAAUGCCUUCAGAGCUGCCAAAGAAACUUCCUCCAAGAAGGGAAGUAGAUCACGAAAUCGAACUAGAGCCAGGAGCUAAACCACCUGCCAUGGCUCCUUAUCGGAUGGCCCCUCCAGAACUUGAGGAGUUGCGAAGACAGUUGAAAGAACUCCUCGAUGCCGGAUAUAUCCAACCGUCAAAGGCCCCCUAUGGUGCUCCAGUACUCUUCCAGAAGAAGAAGGACGGUUCGUUGAGACUUUGUAUAGACUACAGAGCUCUCAACAAGAUCACUAUCAAGAACAGGUACCCCAUUCCUCUUAUUGCUGACCUUUUCGACCAGCUAGGAAAAGCCCGAUGGUUUAGCAAGAUCGAUCUACGCUCCGGGUAUUACCAGGUCAGAAUAAAGCAAGGGGACGAAGCAAAGACUGCGUGUGUGACCAGGUAUGGUGCUUAUGAAUUCUUAGUUAUGCCUUUUGGCCUAACGAACGCACCAGCCACAUUUUGCACACUCAUGAACAAACUCUUCCAGCCGUUCUUAGACCGAUUUGUCGUAGUAUAUCUGGAUGACAUUGUUGUCUACAGUCAGACAUUAGAAGAACAUGUCCACCACUUGAGACAAGUCUUCCAGGUACUCCGCGACAAUGAGUUAUACAUCAAGCUGGAAAAAUGUUCCUUUGCCAAGCAAGAAGUGGAGUUCCUUGGACAUUGGAUAAAAGAAGGCAAAUUGAUGAUGGACAAUGCCAAGGUACGUGCGACACUGAAGAUGGAGGAGGCGCUCCUUAAACGCAUGGGAGCCACAGGAGAAGAAAGGCUUAGUACCAUGCGAGUUAGAAGACGCCAGAGAAGAAAAGGGUCACGAAAGACCAAGAACGCAACGAGGACGUUGCGAAUUGGAGUGGGGGAGGGUGUCACGUACCAAGAAAAACACCCUAAAAUUUGCGCCAAAACGUGUCAGAAGGCUCCUAUAUCAGAGCCAAGGAGGAGCCUAAGAUGCCCGCAUGACGUCCCAAUGAGACCAUGCGACAGUCCACAGAGGCCCACGACACACGCCCACGACAUUGGCGUGUGCCCACGGAAGGCAGCCCACGAGCCUCGCAUGCAUGUCAAGACAGGUGCCCAUGACAGCCCCAUGAGACGGGCUACACGCACAACCCACAUGCACCAACAGAUGCACACCAGCGCCCGGCACCAGCGCUACCCAGACAGCCCAUGCGCACAGGCAGCAGCGCAUGGCACGGCGGCCAACCCAGCAUGCGCGCCCACAGGCGCACACGUCCACCAGAUGGCCGCCCAGGCACGCACAGGCAUGGCGCGCGCGGCAGGAUGCACGCGCGCCCCACACAGGCGACGCUCCAGCAUGGCGCGCGCGGCAGGAUGCGCGCGCACCCCAUUUGGAUGCGGCAUGGCGUGCGCGGCAGGCAACGCGCACGCCCCAUGGAGAUGCAGCACGGCGCACGCAGCAGGCAGUGCGCACGCCCCAUGCGGAUGUCACACGGCGCGCGCAGCACCACGACCAUACGCGCGCGCCGCACGAUGGAUGGCAUGCUGCGCGCAACGUUGUGCGCGCAGCCAAGGCACGCGUCGGGAGCACGAGACACAGGCAGGCGCGCGCGGCACAGCGCGCGCGCACGAUGGGCAGGCGGGCGCGCACGGCAUCGCGCCCGCGCGCGCGGAAGAUGGGCGGAUGCGCGCGGCAUCCGCGCGCGCGCAACAGACAGCGCGCAUGGCAGACGCGCGCGCGCCCGACGGCGCGCGCCGAGAAGACCCGAGACGCCCCUGGAAAUUUCUGGAACUUUCGAUGACGGACGUCAAGCACAGUGACGAGCGGAACGCGCGCGCGCCUGACGGACGUAACGGCGACCCGCGCGCGCGCUCCAAGCUCCUCCAGACACGCCCAGACGCCUCUGGAACCUUCUAUGUCGGUCAGGAACAGUGCUAUGUCGGUGGCUGACUGUCAUGGAAAGCCCAGAAUGCUCUAGAACGACUUUGCCGACCUUUUAAGUCGGUUUUAAGGGCCUAGGUCGGUUAUGUAAAUACUAUAAAUACCCCUAAGGGGUCUCAUUUGUAAAGCAUCCAAAGAUCAUCCAAAGGCAUCCAAAGAUCAUCAAAGGAAAUCCAAGAAAUCCUCAAGCAUACUCAAGCAAUACACUUGUAUUCUCAAUUUUCUCAA